AUGGAGGAGUUUCUUCAUCUUCCUCUGAAUGUUUACAUCAUCAUCGUCGGCAUUGGGCUGUUUGUGCUGCUGCCCUGCCUGGUCUUCUGCUGCUGCUUCAUCAGAGUGCGACGAGAAGCAGCACGACAGUAUGUUUAUAAUAAGGUGGUUUUAAAAGGAGCAGGGAAGAAGAUGGGCCUCUUGGGACAAACAUGUGCAGUGUGUCUGGAAGAGUUCAGGACCAAGGACGAGCUGGGCGUCUGUCCCUGCUCUCACGCCUUCCACAAGAAAUGCCUUCUGAAGUGGCUGGAAAUCAGAAGCGUCUGUCCCAUGUGCAACAAACCAGUGUGUCGCCUGCAAAAGGACCCACCCCCCGACCCGGAGCAGGGCUAG